CUUGACGAAAUUUCUCAUCUCCAAACCCACAUCGUCUCACAACCAAGAAUGUCUGCUUUCGCAACUGCAGCUCUCUUAGUCCUCCUUGGAGCCUUGUACUCCUUCAUCCAUCGCCGCCGUACCGCCUCAGUUAAUGGCCCGAAACUCCCACCGGGUCCUUGGGCAUUACCAAUUAUUGGUAACCUCCACAUGUUGGGCAACCUUCCCCACCGCAACCUCAGUCGCCUAGCCAGAAAGUAUGGUCCCAUCAUGUCCAUGCGUCUUGGGUAUGUCCCAACUAUCGUAGUCUCAUCGCCGGAGGCUGCCGAGCUAUUCCUCAAGUCCCACGAUGCAGUGUUUGCUAGCAGGCCCAAAAUCCAAGCCUCAGAGUACUUGUGCUAUGGGAGGAAGGGCAUGGCUUUUACUGAGUAUGGUCCAUAUUGGCGGAAUGCCCGGAAACUCUGUACGUUGGAGCUUCUUACCAAGGUGAAAAUUGAUUCUUUUGCGGCAAUGAGGAAGGAGGAGCUGGGGGUGUUGGUGCAGUCACUGAAACAAAUGGCAGCGGCUCGGGAAGUGGUGAAUAUUAGUAAAAAGGUAGGUGAACUAAUUGAAGACAUGACGCAUAGAAUGCUAUUUGGGCGCUGUAAGGAUUAUCAGAGGGCUGACUUGAAGGCGCUUGUGCAAGAAACAUUGAUCUUGGUAGGAGCUUUCAAUAUAGCAGAUCAUGUGCCCUUUCUGGGGGCCCUCGAUCUUCAGGGUUUGAAAAGGCGUAUGAAGGCAAUUAGUGGAGCUGUUGACCAUAUUUUAGAAAAAAUCAUUGAUGAGCAUAAACAAGACGCUAGCGAAAAUCAGGGAAAUCAUAAAGAUUUUGUUGAUGUGAUGCUAUCACUGAUGAAUGAGACGAAAAACUUUCAUCAAGAGCCAUCAUAUUUAAUUGAACAAGAAAAUAUUAAAGGAAUUGUAUGGGACGUAAUUAUUGCUGCAAUUGACACUUCAGCUACCACCAUUGAAUGGUUACUUUCUGAAUUGUUUAGACAUCCAAGAGUUAUGAGGCAACUUCAAGAAGAAUUAGAGAAUGUGAUUGGAAUGGAACGAAUGGUAGAAGAGGUUGAUUUGGAAAAUCUAGUUUAUUUAGACAUGGUAUUGAAAGAGGGUUUAAGACUACAUCCUGCUGGACCAUUGCUUGUCCCACAUGAGUCCAUCGAGGAUAUUACUCUAAAUGGAUAUUACAUACCUAAGAAGUCACGAAUUAUCAUCAAUGCAUGGGCAAUUGGAAGAGAUCCUAAUAUAUGGUCCAAUAAUGUUGAAGACUUUUUUCCUGAGAGGUUCACUAGUAGCAAUAUAGAUUUUCAAGGGAAGGAUUUUCAGUUCAUUCCAUUUGGAUCAGGUCGUCGAAAAUGUCCUGGAAUGCGACUAGGUCUAAUAAACAUUCGACUUGUGUUAGCUCAAUUAGUGCAUUGUUUUGACUGGGAACUACCUAAUGGCAUGCUACCUAGCGAAUUGGAUAUGAGCGAGGAAUUUGGUUUGACAUUGCCAAGGGCUACUCACUUACAUGCUCUUCCUACUUAUCGACUUCUUCCCAAAGUUUAAUGAGAGUGUCUUAUUGAACAUUUCAAUUGAUUUUGUUUUUAAGAUUGUAUUAUUAUAUAUGUUUUCUAUUGAGAUAUUUCAGUAAUAUAUUGCUCGUUAAGUUUAUUAUA